AUGACAUUCCUGUCUGAUGAAAUAUUAAAAAGUCUUUCAAAAGAGCAAGAAACCUUAUUGACACUUGCUUGUCAAAAUUCAAAUUUAGAAAUUGUCAAAUAUUUGCUAUCCCAACAAAAUAUUGACGUGAAUCAAAGCUCAAUUUCUGGCACACCUCUCUACAUUGCUUCAAAUAAAGGCCAGAUAGAUGUAAUUUUAGAAAUAUUAUCUCAUCCUCAAAUUGACAUCAACAAGGGAAACUCCACAACCAGUCCAUUAUAUAUUGCUUGUAAAAAUAAUAAUACAGAAGUAGUCAAAACUCUUCUGACAUGUUCCUCACUUCCAAUUGAUAUCAAUGCAGGAGAAUCUCCUCUGUAUCAGGCGUGUAAGAAUGGUAAUUUGGAAAUUGUAGAGCUUUUAAUUCAGCAACCUGGUUUGGAUGUUAAUUUGGGUCCAAUUGAUUUAGAGAAUCAAUCGUGUGAAAAUACUGAAGAAGGACAUAUAGAAAGGAGGAUUACACCUCUACAUGCUGCUUUGGAAGGUGAAUUUUUUGAAAUCGUUACUGAAUUGAUGAAAUGUGCAGGAUUGGAUAUUGUUAAUGAUUAUGAUUUUGCAGAGAGCAUUGGAGUUGGUUGGUGUAUUGAUUAA